UCCGGUGCUGAAGCUCGGCCGGCGCCGCCGCAGGAGCGCCGAAGAGCGCAGCCAGGGGAGCUGGCGCCGCCUCGCUAACUAACACACCCCGGGGUCGGUCCCUCGCUCCCGCGCGCCCGCGCGCUCGCGGCCAUGGACUGAGCGCCAACCGGCCGCGGGGAUGGGGCCGCCGCUCCCGCUUCUGCUGCUGCUGCUGCUUCCGCCGCCGCUGCCUCGCGCCCUGCCCGCCCCCGCGUCUGCCCGCGGCGGCCGGCAGCUCCCGGGGCGCCUGGGCUGCUUGUCUGAGGACGGCCUGUGUGGAUCGUCGGAGGCCUGUGUGAACGAUGGAGUGUUUGGAAGAUGCCAGAAGGUCCCAGCGAUGGACACAUACCGAUACGAGGUGUCGCCGGGAGCCUUGCUGCACCUGAGGGCCACCUUACAGAAGCUGUCCCGUACAGGCUUCACGUGGCAAGAUGACUAUACCCAGCACGUGAUGGCCCAGGAGCUCGCAAAUCUCCCCAAGGUCUACCCAUGGCGCGGGGACGCUUCCAGCCCAGCCAGGACUUCACAACAGAGUGCUGACGAUGAAAAGUGGUUCAUCCCAGAGAGCGAAGCGGCCCUGGCCAAGACCCUCCGGCGCUACCUGCCCUACUUGGAGCUUCUGUCCCAGGCCCCGACGGCCAAUGCACGCCCCAGGAUAGAACACGCGACACGUCCAGCCAAGGGCGAGGACUCUCUCCCCGAGAGCAUCCUGACCUAUGUGGCUCACACUUCCGCCCUGACCUAUCCUCCCGCAACCCGAGUCACACCAGACAGCCUUCCGCGGCCCCUAGGCCAGCUCCAGCCAGAUGAGCUGAGCCCCAAGGUGGAUAGCGGCGGGGGCGUGGACAAACAGCAGCUGAUUGCGGCCCUGGGUGCCUACGCCGCUCAGAGGCCUCCCAGAGGGAAUGACCCAGGGCCACGGCACCCUCUGCACAGUCCCGCGAGAGCAUCGAGGCCCUUCUCAGCGCCCGCCUCCUCUCAGAGAUGGACGUUACCCCCAGGAGACUCCAAGGACCCCCUGAGCAUGGGAGAUGGCACACUCCUAAGGAGCCUCCUGAAGGAUCUGCAACAGCAAGCUGAGGUGGACCGCUCGGGCCCCCUGCAGCUGGAGGAGAUGGCUGACUCGGUGGCGGGAGCCAUGCACGGAGAUCCUGAAGAGGGCAACCAAGAAAGCCGCGGGCGAGGGGCUGAGGGGCAGCUGAGAGAGCAGGCAGAUGCCCCAGAAGCAAUGCCUCAAGACAGCAGACUGUCAGAGGUGGAUGACCCAGUGUACGACCAGGUCAGCCGUCUGAGUGUCCAGCUGGGGGGCCUCCUGAAAGACCGCGGAGGGCCACCUCUAUCACCCGAGGCUCCCCGCCCGGAGAAGUCCUCCAGUGCAGAGAUCAAGAAGUCAGAGCAGCCCGAGGAGGUCUUGUCCUCGGAGGAGGACACUGCUGGGGUGGAGCACGUGAGGAGCCGGACUUACUCCAAAGACCUGUCGGGGAGGAAGCCGGACUCAGAGCCCCAGGCCCAGAGGCUUGAGGAACAAUUACAAAGCCGAGCUCCAGAGGCAUGGGAGGAGGAGCAGAACCCCGAGAUAGCAGCACAGGGACCCCCUAGCCGAGGCCUUCAGCUGGAAGUCCAGCCUUCUGAGAAGGAGCAGUGGGGAUACAUCCUCACCGGAAACGACCCCCUGAGUCCAGAGAAGGGGAAGCAGCUGAUGGAUGAGGUCGCUCACAUCCUCCGGGUGCCUUCUGGCUUCUUUGCGGACAUCAAAGUUCUGGGGCCAGCGGUGACCUUCAAAGUGAGCGCCAACAUCCAAAACAUGACAACCGCAGACGUCAUCAAAGCCACAGUUGACAACAAGGACCAGCUGGAGAAGACUUCAGGAUUGACCAUCCUUCAGAGCGGAAUCGGGCCGAAAGACAAACUCAAGCUCCUACCCCACCAGGAAGAGCAGGAAGACUCUACCAAGUUCAUUGUCCUCACCUUCCUCUCCAUCGCCUGCAUCGUGGCUGUCCUCCUGGCUUCCAGCCUUGCCUAUUGCCUACGCCACAACUCCCACUACAAGCUGAAGGAGAAGUUGUCUGGACUAGGGGGUGACCCCAGUGCAGAUGCCACUGAAGCCUACCAGGAGCUAUGCCGCCAGCGAAUGUCUGCCCGGCCACAGGAUCGCCCCGAGGGACCACACACAUCACGCAUCAACAGUGUGUCUUCCCAGUUCAGCGACGGGCCAAUGCCCAGCCCUUCGGCCCGGAGCAGCACUUCCUCCUGGUCUGAGGAGCCCGUCCAGUCUAACAUGGACAUCUCUACUGGCCACAUGAUCCUGGCGUACAUGGAAGACCACCUGAAGAACAAGAACCGUCUGGAGAAGGAGUGGGAGGCUCUGUGCGCCUACCAAGCAGAGCCCAACGCCUCGCUUGUGGCCCAGAGAGAGGAGAAUGCUCCCAAGAACCGUUCCCUGGCCGUGCUGACCUAUGACCACUCCAGGAUUCUGCUGAAGCCUCAGAACAGCCACAGUAACUCGGACUACAUCAACGCCAGCCCCAUCAUGGACCAUGACCCACGAAACCCUGCGUACAUUGCCACCCAGGGCCCACUUCCCGCCACCGUGGCUGACUUCUGGCAGAUGGUGUGGGAGAGUGGCUGUGCAGUCAUCGUCAUGCUGACACCCCUCACGGAGAACGGCGUCCGGCAGUGCCACCACUACUGGCCUGAUGAAGGCUCCAACCUCUACCACGUCUAUGAGGUCAAUCUAGUGUCCGAGCACAUCUGGUGCCAGGACUUCCUGGUGAGGAGCUUCUACCUGAAGAACCUGCAGACCAACGAGACCCGCACGGUGACCCAGUUCCACUUCCUGAGUUGGUAUGACCAGGGAGUCCCUUCCUCCACGAGGUCGCUCCUGGAUUUCCGAAGAAAAGUAAACAAGUGCUACAGAGGCCGCUCUUGUCCCAUAAUUGUUCACUGCAGUGACGGCGCGGGCAGGAGUGGAACCUACGUCCUGAUUGACAUGGUUCUCAAUAAGAUGGCCAAAGGUGCUAAAGAGAUUGAUAUCGCAGCGACCCUGGAGCACUUGAGGGACCAGAGACCAGGCAUGGUCCAGACAAAGGAGCAGUUUGAGUUCGCACUGACAGCGGUGGCCGAGGAGGUGAAUGCCAUACUGAAGGCCCUUCCCCAGUAGGCACUGAAGCAGGAAGCCGGAGCUGGCGGGACCCCGCCGUGAAUGCUGCUAGGACCGACCGUAACCAGAUAUCCCUCCUGCAUCUUCCGUGUAGUAGCAGGGUCCUUCGGACUCCGUGGUCAGGGCAGGCGGCUAGUCGUUGUGUACUUUUGUUUGUUUCACCUAAAUAGCAGAUGUGUGGGGACACCCAGCUGAGAAGGGAGGAGAGACUCGGCUCUCGGCCCUCGACGGAAGUUCCUCUUCCCUAAAGCACACGUUCACAUUCGCCGUGCCAACGACACAGUAGUUGGAAAUCCGCCGUGGCCUCCUUGGGAGCGUGCUUACCAUCUGUAAGCCGCCGGAGAUUGGGGUGGAUGGACCAGGACAGCCAGAAAGACACCUGUUGGGGGAAACACAGGGUGUAGGAACACAUUUGACGUUUUGCCUGUAAGUGGGUCUCAUUAUCAGGAGAAAUCUCUGGGUAAGAGAGCAGCGUCCUGGUCCUGCACCCCUGGGACAUAGGACAAGGGUAUCAUCAUGCCGAAGUUCUACCCAUUCCUCCUAAUGUCGUUCUACCUAUACCUCCAGCACAGUGAUUAAUCAUGUCCGCCCCACGCAGAUUCCAAGGCCAGGAAAGAAAGGUCUCCCAAGGGCAGACACCUUACGGCUCCUGGAGUGCGGGCACUGUUUCUGCCCCAAAAGCGGGAACCCGGGUGAUAGCCUCACCCUUACACCCUUGCCAAGUUAUAGAAGAGCCCAGCCCCGAAAGGCACUUUUAACACUAAGAUUACGGUUUCUGCAUUACAAGAACAGGUGCCCACUGAGGAUGGUACUUAGGAAGCUCCGAGGGUCCCCGGGGAGUAAGUGCUCCCCCUCCCUGCAUCACCCGGGGAAGCACCCCAAUGUAACUGGCAUCAGAAAAGAAGUCUUGGAUGCUCCUACCCCUGGGAAGAAGGCCGGGAAGCCCCUUCGGCUCUGCUUCCUCCGGCCUCCCAGACAGACGACUUAAUGAAAUGUGUGCUUACCCGAUGAUCCCAAUUGCCAAAACAUUUGGGCAUGGCGCUUACCACCUCCUCCCUCCCCCACCCCCACACACAUUAGGAAGAAGCCACUUGAAUAAGUGCAAGGCUUUGGUACUCAGAAAGGUAGAGGGCGCUGCUGUAAGCCCCAGUUUGUAGGGUGGAGUAUGAAAAGGCCUGUCUCCUCUGGUGUCUCCCCAUCGCUGCUCCCCUCCACCCCCAGCCUGUUUGCGUUGUGGCGAGGAAAAGCGGGCCGCCGAGCGGGAAAGCUAUGCCGCAGUGCCGUCCUGUGUCCGGUUUUAUUGUGUACCUGCCUAACAUCUCUGACAUCAUCUCUCUUCCGAGUGAUUCCCCCCCUCCCCCACUAUCUGGAAUCUAAAUAAUCAUCAGUAGAAAUGAAUUUAUCUGACUAUAGGAAGCAUAUACCUAAUCGUAACUCCUUACGUUUAAAGGAAAUCCUUAGCGUGAUAUAAAGAUAUAUUUAAUUGUGUCAUAUUAAACCUUCUGAUUUCA